AUACGUUAUUUAAGCGUGAGAAAAAGGCAUUCGUUUUCAGAUUUCAAUGUGAUAUUAGUUGUGGCACAGUCAUAUGCACGCAAUGAACGAUACGAAGCACAAAGAGACACGACAACAAACAGGAGUUCUAUUUCGAUGAAAAAGAAAGUAGUGAGGAUUUCUAUUGAUUUCAUGUUGGUUUGAUUUAAAGCAAUCUAUGAAAUUGAUUAAUGCAUCCACAAGAGCGAUGUCGCCUUUGACAAUAUCUGUGAAGAACUUCUCUUGUAAACAUCGAGAUUACAACGACACUCCUCUUACCGAAGCUACUAGAGUCCUUUUGUUUAUCAUAAUUUUUGCAAUAGUUUUUGGAAACACUUUAGUCUUGCUUACAACCUGGAAAGAUAAACGUCUUCAUCAACCAAAUAAGUAUUUCAUUGCAUGCUUAGCAAUAGCAGAUCUUCUCGUCGGACUUUUUGUCGUUCCCGUUCGUCUUCACAUGCAAUUAAACAUGGCGGACGUACAACCAUUGUCUCUUUGUCAAUUUUGGAUGUUGGUUGACGGGUUUUGUGAAGCUGCCUCGAUUGUCACCCUGACAGUAAUCAGCGUCGAUCGUGUUUUUAAAAUCAGUUAUCCGUUUAAAUACAGAACAUGGAUGGAUACGUCAAAAUCACGCGUCAUAAUUGCAAAUAUUUGGCUGAUUUCAUUUGUGGCUGGCUUAUUUUCUAUAUUCACAUUUGAUGGUAGUAAAGGGGUGAUUUCAAAGGCUUAUUUCGGCUGCAGGAAUGACAACCCUGUAUACUUUACUGUUAUUUCGGUUUUGUUUUUCUUUCUUCCGUCUCUUACAAUAAUCCUUAUGUAUUCAAUCAUAUUUUACGUUGCUUAUAAGAAACGAAAGAUGAAAAGAAAAGGAAAAUUAGGGCAGUCACAUGCAGCUUCCCAAAACAACAGCAGAGGACAAGUUUUAAUGCAGGAGUUAAAAACAUUACGAAUGCUUUCCUUAGUGGUGUUUUCCUUCAUUCUGUGCUGGGGUCCAAAUUUCUCUCUAUUGUUAAUUUCAUUGUACACACCGGAGUAUUUGAGUUCGUUGACACAAAUGCAGGCAGCAGUUAUCCACAAUUUAUUUGUUGUUAUCCUUCCUUCCAUCAAUAGCAUUUGUAAUCCGAUAAUUUACGCAUAUUGUGAUCGUACAUACAACAAUGCCUUCAAGCAAUUUCUAAGAAAGAACGCGUUAGCAGUAUUCUUAUCAAAUAGACGUCAUAACAAGACUGGUAAAGAUCAAAGGCUAGGCGAUUGUGAUCAUGAAGGGGUAUUUAUACCAUCUCCAUGUUAAUUGUAAAAAGCAUGCAGAUGAAGUCAUGUAAAUAGAAAAAGUCUCAAUAUAAAAUGCGUAAGGUUAUAACAGUACAAAAAUAAAUUUUAUGAAGAAAAAUGUAGCUGCGAAUAUCAACUGUAAAAUGCUGUUGUAUUCUUAUAGACGUAUAUUUGUUUGGUUUCUGUUGAGAAGAGAAUCACGUGACAACAUGAACACCAUGACACCAUAUUGAGCUUUAUCAUGUUAAAACAUAGAGUUACGUAAAUCAUAUGUCAAUCUAUAUUUUGAUGAUCUGUGAAUCUAAAUAAUGAAUUUAGUUAAUUUAGAAUAAUAAUUGAGCUUUUAUUUUCUUUUUCUCAA